AUGAAUAGAAAAGAGCCAGUGCACCUCGCACUGCUCACUGCAAAGGAGGGCGAGGUGCCUGUGCUCCGGGUCAGGAUAGCAGGGCGCAGGCCCCCACCCCCACCCCCAAACCCCAUCCUCGACCUGCUGCAGCCAGCUGGGGGGAGCUGCGGCCUCAGGAUGUCGGCCUUCAGGCUGGGUGACCAUGUGUGGCUGAACUCCCUCCCUGCCAACAAGACCAGUGUGGCCAUUGGGUGUGUCAUCAAGGAAACAAAACCUGACAAGAUCUUGGUUGAAGAUGACGAGGGCAAGGAACACUGGAUCCCAGCAGAGGACCUUGACACCUUUAGCCCCAUGCACCCCAAUUCAAUGCGAGGUGUGGACGACAUGAUCCGCCUGGGGGACCUGAACGAGGCAGGCAUGGUGCACAACCUCCUGAUCCGUUACCAGCAGCACAAGAUCUAUACAUACACAGGCUCCAUCCUGGUGGCUGUGAACCCCUUCCAGGUGCUGCCCCUCUACACCCUGGAGCAGGUGCAGCUGUAUUACAACCGCCACAUGGGUGAGCUACCACCACACGUCUUUGCCAUCGCCAACAACUGCUACUUCAACAUGAAGAGGAAUAAGAGGGACCAGUGCUGCAUUAUCAGCGGUGAGUCCGGGGCAGGGAAGACGGAGACCACCAAGCUCAUCCUGCAGUUCCUGGCCAUGGUCAGCGGCCAGCACUCGUGGAUUGAGCAGCAGGUCCUGGAGGCCAACCCCAUCCUGGAAGCCUUCGGAAAUGCCAAGACAAUCCGAAAUGAUAACUCAAGCCGCUUUGGGAAGUAUAUCGACAUCCACUUCAACCCCAGUGGGGUGAUCGAGGGCGCACGCAUCGAGCAGUUUCUCCUGGAGAAGUCCCGGGUCUGCCGGCAGGCCCCGGAGGAGCGGAACUACCACAUCUUCUACUGCAUGCUCUUGGGGAUGAGUGCAGAGGAGAAGCAGCUGCUGAGCCUGGGGACACCCUCCGAGUACCACUACCUGACAAAGGGAAACUGCACCUCGUGUGAGGGUCUCAAUGACGCCAAGGACUAUGCACAUGUGCGCUCCGCCAUGAAGAUUCUCAUGUUCUCUGACUCAGAGAACUGGGACCUCAGCAAGCUCCUGGCAGCCAUUCUCCACCUGGGCAACGUGGAGUUCAUGGCCGCAGUCUUUGAGAACCUGGAUUCCUCUGAUGUGAUGGAGACGCCUGCCUUUCCCAUCGUGCUGAAGUUACUGGAGGUGAAGUACCAGGCGCUCCGGGACUGUCUGAUCAAGAAUUCCAUCAUCAUCCGAGGGGAGUUUGUCACCAGGCCCCUGAACAUCACCCAGGCUGCAGACCGCAGGGACGCCUUUGUCAAGGGCAUCUAUGGCCACCUCUUCCUGUGGAUUGUCAAGAAAAUCAAUGCUGCCAUUUUCACCCCGCCUGCCCAGGACCCGAAAAAUGUUCGAAGGUCCAUCGGCCUCCUGGACAUAUUUGGCUUUGAAAAUUUCCAGAACAAUAGCUUUGAGCAGCUCUGCAUCAAUUUUGCGAACGAGCACCUGCAGCAGUUCUUCGUGCAACACGUGUUCACCAUGGAGCAGGAGGAGUACCUCUCCGAGAACAUCGCUUGGGACUACAUCCACUACGACGACAAUCGGCCCACCCUGGACCUGCUGGCCCUCAAGCCCAUGAGCAUCAUCUCCCUCCUGGAUGAAGAAAGCCACUUCCCACAGGGAACAGACACCACCAUGCUGCAAAAGCUGAACAGUGUGCACGCCAACAACAAGGCCUACCUGCAGCCCAGGAACAUCCACGAUGCCAGAUUUGGCAUCGCCCACUUUGCGGGCGACGUGUACUACCAGACAGAAGGCUUCCUGGAAAAGAACCGAGAUGUGCUGAGCACAGACAUCCUCACCCUAAUCUACUCCUCCGAAAACAAGUUCCUGAAGGAGAUAUUCAAUCUGGAGUCAGCAGGGACCAAGCUGGGAUUUGGGACCAUCAUCCCAGCCAAGACAGGGAGCCAGCUCUUCAAGUCCACAGUCUCCAGCAAGCAGUCCUCCACCCUGGCGGGCCAGUUCAAGAAGUCCCUGGACCAGCUGAUGAAAAUCCUGACCAGCUGCCAGCCCUACUUCAUCCGCUGCAUUAAACCCAACGAGUACAAGAAGCCGCUGCUCUUCGACCGGGAGCUGUGCAUCCGGCAGCUGCGCUACUCGGGCAUGAUGCAGACGGUGCACAUCCGCAAGUCAGGCUUCCCCAUCCGGUACACGUUCGACGAGUUCUCGCAGAGAUUCCGUGUGCUGCUGCCCAGCGCCGUGCGCCUUCAGCUUCGAGACAAGGCUCGCCAGAUGACCCUGCGCAUUGCCGAAGUGUGGCUGGGGACAGACAAAGAGUGGAAAGUGGGAAAGACCAAAAUUUUCCUGAAGGAUAACCAGGACACUCUGCUGGAGUUACAGAGGAGCCAGAUGCUGGACGAGGCGGCAGUCAGCAUCCAGAGAGUCCUGCGAGGCUACAAAUACAGGAAGGAGUUCCUGAGGCAGAGGCAGGCAGCUGUGACCAUCCAGGCUGGGUGGAAAGGCUACUACACCAGGCAGAACUUCAAGCAGAUCCUACUGGGGUUUGAGCGCCUGCAGGCCAUUGCCCGGGGCCUCCUCCUGGCCAAGCAGUACCAGAGGAUGCGGCAGAGGACGGUGCAGCUGCAGGCGCUCUGUCGGGGCUACCUCGUGCGCCAGGAAGUCCAGGCCAAGAGGAGGGCGGUGGUGGUCAUACAGGCACACGCCAGAGGCAUGGCUGCCCGGCGGAACUUCCGGCAGCAGAAAGCCAGUGGACUUCUGCUCAUCCCAGCUGAAGAGCAGAAGAGCCAAAAUGCUAUCCCCACCAAGAAGCGCAAGUCCAUCUACGACACUGUCACUGACACCGAGAUGGUGGAGCGAGUGUUCGGCUUCCUCCCUUCUGUGAUCGGUGGGCAGGAAGGCCAGUCCCCAAGGGGCUUUGAGGAUCUGGAAACAAGGACCCAGAAGCUGCCUGAGGUUGACCUGGACACGGUCCCCAUGGUGGAGGAGUCCGAGGAGGAUGUGGACGGCCUGGCCGAGUACACCUUCCCCAAGUUCGCUGCAACCUACUUCCAGAAAUCGGCCAGCCACACGCACAUCCGGCGGCCCCUCCGACACCCGCUGCUCUACCAUGAGGACAAUGCCGACUGCUCGGCCGCCCUGGCUGUGUGGUGCAUCAUCCUGAGGUUCAUGGGUGACCUACCCGAGCCAGUGCUUCUUGCCAGGAACGACCCGCGUGGCAGCUCGGUGGCGCAGCAGCUCCAGGACACCCUGCGCGGAGAGAACGGCACCCAGUCUGCACAGCAGCGUGGAUCUACGCAGGUGGCCAGCCAGCUGAAUAUUGGAGAGGAGGCAUUUGAGCCUGAUGGCCCCAUCUCAGACCGACCCAUGUCUAACCUGGAGAAGGUGCACUUCAUCGUGGGCUGUGCCAUCCUGCGGCCUAACCUCAGGGAUGAGAUCUACUGUCAGAUCUGCAAGCAGCUGUCGGAGAACUUCAAAAUGAGCAGCCUGGCCCGGGGCUGGAUCCUGCUCAGCCUUUGCCUGGGCUGCUUCCCACCCUCUGAGAGGCUCAUGAAGUAUCUGCUGAACUUCAUCAGUAAAGGGCCGGCUGGCUACGGGCCCUUCUGUGAGGAACGCCUGAGACGCACCUAUGCCAACGGGGUGCGCACAGAGCCCCCUGCCUGGCUGGAGCUACAGGCAGUCAAGUCCAAGAAGCACAUCCCAAUCCACGUCAUCCUGGUGACCGGAGAGAACCUGAUUGUCAUGGUCGACUCCGCCUCCACCUCACGGGAAGUCUGCCUGCACAUCGCCCAGAGUCAGGGCCUCAGCGACCACCUGGGCUUCUGUCUCCAGGUUGCUGUGUACAACAAGUUCUGGUCCCUGGGCAGCGGGCGUGACCACGUGAUGGAUGCAGUGGCCCAGUGUGAGCAGCUGGCCCGGGAGAGGGGAGAGAAUGAGCGCCAGUCGCCCUGGCGCAUCUACUUCCGGAAGGAGUUCUUCACCCCCUGGCACAACUCCCAGGAAGACUCCAUCAGUACCCAGCUCAUUUACCGCCAAGUCCUGCAUGGGGUCUGGUCUGGCGAGUACAGCUUCGAGAAGGAGGAGGAGCUGGUGGAGCUGCUGGCCCAGCACUGCUACGUGCAGCUGGGCGCCUCGAUGCGGAGUGAGGCCGUCCAGGAGCUGCUGCCCAGCUGCAUUCCCUCCAAGCUGUACAAGACCAAGCCACCAGAGAAGUGGGUCAGCCUGGUCACCGCCGCCCACACCAAGGCACAGCACACCCAGAAGCAGGAGCAGCCGCUGGCCGUGCAGGAGCAGGUGGUGGAGGCCGCCCGCCUGCAGUGGCCGAUGCUCUUUUCCCGGCUCUUUGAGGUCACCACGCUCUCUGGCCCCCGACUGCCCAGGACUCAGCUGAUCUUGGCUGUUAACUGGAAAGGGAUGUACUUCAUGGACCAGAAGGAGAAGAUGCUCCUAGAACUCUCUUUUCCAGAGAUCAUGAGUCUGAUCACCAACAGGGAGGCCCAGGGUGGGCAGAGGCUGUUACUGUCCACGCUGCACCAAGAGGAGUAUGAAUUCAUGUCCCCCAGCAGUGUGGCUGUCGCCGAGCUGGUGGCCAUGUUCCUGGAGGGCUUGAAGGAGAGGUCCGUGUUCACCAUGGCCCUGCAGGACAGGAAGGCCACAGAUGAUGCCACCAUCCUGCCCUUCAAGAAGGGGGACUUGCUGAUCCUGACAAUGAAGAAGGGGCUGUUGGCUUCUGAGAACUGGACCCUGGCCCAGAACGACAGGACGGGCAAGACAGGCCUGGUGCCCACAGCCUGCCUUUACUCCAUCCCAACGGUCACCAAGCCCUCGGCACAGCUGCUGAGCCUGCUGGCCAUGUCACCAGAGAAGCGGAAGCUGGCAGCCCAGGAGGGCCGGCCCCCAGAGCCACCACCCGAGGAGCAGCCCAAGGAGAAGCCACACACCCUGGAGGAGUUCUCCUAUGAGUUUUUUAGGGCCCCAGAGAAAGAGACGGUCAGCAGGGCCGUGUUCCCUCUGGCCCGGGCCCGGGGCCACCUGUGGGACCACUCGUCUGAGCCACUGCGGCAGCCUCUGCUCAAGCAUGUCUAUACCAACACCGAGCUCCGGGACCCCGCCUGUCAGAUCUUCAUCGCCAUCCUCAGGUACAUGGGGGACUACCCUUCUCGACAGGCCUGGACCCCCGUGGAUCUCACCGACCAGAUCUUCUCGCUGGCCCUCCAGGAGUCAGCGCUACGGGAUGAGGUCUACUGCCAGAUUCUGAAGCAGCUGACACACAACAUCAAAAGGUACAGCGAGGAGCGGGGCUGGCAGCUACUGUGGCUGUGUACGGGCCUCUUCCCGCCCAGCAGAGCUCUGCUGCCCCACGCCCAGAAGUUCAUAGACACUCGGAGGAGGAAGCUGCUGGCCCCUGACUGCAGCCGCCGCAUCCAGAGGGUCCUGAGGAUGGGGCCCCGGAAGCAGCCCCCACACCCGGUGGAGGUGGAGGCCAUGGAACAGAACAUCACCCGCAUCUGCCACAAGAUCUGCUUCCCCAAUGACACGAGCGAGAUGCUGGAGGUAGGCACCAACACGCGGGUGCGGGAUGUAUGCCAGAGCGUCGCCACCAGGCUGCAGCUGGCCUCCUGGGAAGGCUGUAGCCUCUUCAUCAAGAUCGCUGACAAGGUCAUCAGCCAGAAGGAGGGAGACUUCUUCUUUGACUCCUUGAGGGAAGUGUCUGAUUGGGUGAGGAAGAACAAGCCCCAGAAAGAAGGGGUGCUGGCGAUGCUCCCCUACCAGGUGUACUUCAUGCGGAAACUGUGGCUGAACGUGGCCCCGGGAAAGGAUGUAAACGCAGACACCAUUCUUCAUUACCACCAGGAGCUGCCCAAGUACCUCCGUGGCUUCCACAAGUGCUCUCAGGAGGAUGCGGUCCACCUGGCGGGCCUCAUCUACAAGGCCCAGUUCGACAAUGACCGCUCCCAGCUCGCGAAUGUCCCCAAGAUCCUGAGGCAGCUUGUGCCUGAGAACCUCACGCGUCUGAUGUCCUCUGAGGAAUGGAAAAAGAACAUCCUUCUGGCCUAUGACAAGAACAAGGAGAAGACGGUAGAGGAGGCCAAAACAGCCUUCCUUAAGUGGAUCUGCCGGUGGCCCACUUUCGGGUCUGCCUUCUUCGAGGUGAAGCAAACCUCGGAGCCCUCCUACCCGGACAUCAUCGUCAUAGCCAUCAACCGACACGGGGUUCUGCUCAUCCACCCCAAGACCAAGGAGCUGCUCACCACCUAUCCCUUCACCAAGAUCUCCAGCUGGAGCAGCGGCAGCACCUACUUCCACAUGGCGCUGGGGAGCCUGGCCCGGGGCAGCCGCCUGCUGUGUGAGACUUCUCUGGGUUACAAGAUGGAUGACCUGCUGACCUCCUAUGUGCAGCAGCUGCUGAGCACCGUGAACAAGCAGCGAGGCUCCCAGGCCCCAGCCCAGGCAGCUCCUUAGCACCAGGGAUCGGCCUGCCCACUCACCUCCUCUUCCCAGUCUGGGGGCCUGGUGGCACUUCCCUGGGGCCCUCUUCCUGGCCCAGGGCCUGCCCUCUGCAAGCACCCUUUCAUGCCACCUUCUCUCAAAACACAUCCCCGCACUCCUCAGCGCGCCGGCUCGGCCACCUUUCCUGAGAGGCUGGGCAUAGAAGCCAAAGUGGGGAGGCUGGGGUGGGGCUGGCCUCCAGGCUGAUGGGGGGACGGCAGAGAGGACUCCCCCCAGAAUGUUCAAUAAAGCUUCCUGGAGCAGUG